UUGGUGGCGAAAUAACGCCAACAACAAUUGUCGAUGAAACAACAGCAAAUAGUUUUUCCAGUGCAAAAAUUAUAGUUAUAAAUAAAAGAAAUCACAAGCAAAAAGUUGAUUUAUGUAAUAAAACGUAAUUGUGUUAAAUAUCAGCAGAUCGCACGCUGUUUACACCAAAUGCAAAUGCGAUUCAAAUCAAAAUAAACAAAAAGCAAAACUAAGAAAAAAAACAACUCUGCAGCAGCUGCCAUCAAAAUUGUGUUACUUACGUUACGGGCAACAUCGCAACACUUUCCUUGGCCCUGCUCAACCUGGUAGCCAUGUGCCAGCUGCCAUAAACAAAGCCACGCUUCCUAAUUGAAAAACUGCCAGCUAAAUGGACGCGUAGCACGUGUGUCAGUCUGUGUGUGUGUGUGUGAGUGAGAGAGAGAGAGCGUAACGACGUUUGCAAGCAUUGCAGUGGACAUCGAGAUUGAGAGAGCGAGAGCAGCGAAACGAGCCAAACCAAAACACUGGCCAAAAUGUGCAGCACCACAAAAAUGGUUUACAGUUAUAGAAUUUUAUGGCUUUCCGGCGUUUUACUAGCUCAUAUAUUGCUGGUCGCCAUCGAUGCCCAGGAACCAGCCAGUCCAGUAUUUCAAAAUCACAAGACGAAGGAAUGGACGAAUUUAGAUAAUAUAACAUUCUCCUUCGAUUGCAAAAGGCGUUCGGUGGGCUUCUAUGCGGACAUGGAGUACAAUUGUCAGAUAUUUCACAUGUGCGACGAGGAGGGCAAUCGAAUACCACAUUUGUGCGCCAAUGAGACAAGCUUUAAUCAGGAAUACAGAAUAUGUGAUUGGGACUACAAUUUCAAUUGCACAGAAUCGCCGAAAUGGUUCUAUCUGAACGAGUUGACAUAUGCGACAGAUCCGCCAGAUGAAGACGAUGAGGACUAUUGAAUGCAAUCAAUUAAAUAUUUAUUGUCUUUGAGAAAGAGCAAAAUACUAAUUAAAUUAAAUGGAUCUAGCAAGAAGAAGAGGAAGAAUAGGCAGGAAUGGAUUGACGCAAUGGAAAAGAAUAUGUUUCCAUAUGAAUAAACAUGUUAACUAAUUUAAGAGAUUUGUUGACAAUUUUGUUGAGUUACGUUUUGUGUACAAUUGUAUGUAGUCUAAUUUGAAGAAUCGAGCUUGGGGCCAUCGAGCGCCGAGCAUCGUGUAAAUAAUGUAUAUAGAAGGCCGUCAACUAACAACUAACGAAGGUCGUCAAUAAAUAGUUUACAAAUAAUGUAAUUGUUUGUAAGUUGAAUAAACAAAAAAAAAAAAAAAAAAAAAAAAAAAAAAAACUGAUAAUAAAUGAAGCUCAAAUUGCGUCCAUGAAAUGUAAAAUAUA